GACGACGGCUACCUCAUUGCUUGGGAUUUGAAGACCGGAUAUAAAUUGCAAGAAUUAAACUCUGUAUUCCAUGGUCUGGUCAUCAGCAUGCGCUGGAUUGAUCUCGGAAAGGGAGACAAUCUCGCAUUUGUCUUCGGAUGUGCGGACGGCACCCUGCAAGUCUAUCAGAGGGACGAUGAUCAGACUCCAUUCAUCUUCUGUUCUUCAACUUCCGCCCACAAUGGAUUUGUGCAAUAUAUAAGUUUCGAUCCCAAUCAUGGCUGGAUAGCCAGCAUUGGAGGGGGCACUGUUCACGUCUGA